UCUUUCAUACAUGGCUAUGAAGUGUGCCAAGACGUUCAGUGAACAGGAUAGGGUCAGAGCAGGAAAGACAUCUGCAGAAGGCACAUGUGCAAAGGCUACUUUCUGUUUUUAUUGUCUGCAUUUCAUCGCAGAGUCACAUUUCCCACCUGUCACCACAAGGGGUAUGCAGGACACAUUGUGAAUGUGAAGCUUCAGCAACCAAGCUGAUCAGGAAGGAGGGGAGGGGAGCAGGCUGACAGUUUAGCCCUUCAGUGAUGGUGUGAAAUAGGAGAGAUCCUUGCUUGCCAUAAGAAGCUGCUGCUGCUGCUGCUGAUGCUGUUGCUAGUGAUGCAGCUGCUGUAUUAGGAAGAAGCAGCAUCCACAUCAGCCAGAGGCUCUGGGGCUGUCAGAAGAUACAGGCUGGGCUGUUUGUCUGAGUUGUCUGCCGACUGGAAAUCACUGCUAGACAGCAGAGUCUAGGAGGCAAAGGGCAAGUGCUGAACACACAAGUGCUGAACACUGCUACAAGGGAAGAAUCGAAUACUUUUUUCCUGCUCGUGUGGAUAUAAGGAUGGAUUUUGUCCCAGCACCAGUCUUUCUCAAGCUGUUCAUUUUGUCCUUGCUUCCUAACAAGAUCACAGCAUUGGCAGGGAGUAAAUAUGAUUGCGAUGGUCAGCUUGUGUCUUCUCUGCCUCAAUCCUCCUUCAGCAGUUCAUCUGAACUUUCCAGCACAGAUAGUGCAGGCUUUGCUAGACUCAACAGGAGAGAUGGAGCUGGAGGGUGGUCUCCGCAUUUUUCCAAUAAAUAUCAGUGGCUCCAGAUUGAUCUGGGAGAAAGAACAGAAAUCACUGCAAUUGCAACGCAAGGCAAAUAUGGAAGCUCAGACUGGGUAACAAGCUAUCUGUUAAUGUACAGCGACACAGGGAGAAACUGGAAACAGUAUCAUCAAGAAGAAGGCAUUUCGGCAUUCAUUGGAAAUACAAAUGCUGACAGUGUUGUUCAACAUAAGCUUCAGAAUCAUAUAAGAGCAAGAUACCUGCGUUUCACUCCUUUGAACUGGAACUUGAAUGGCAGGAUAGGAAUGAGAGUGGAAGUGUAUGGAUGUACAUACAGUUCAGACAUUAUUUAUCUUGAUGGCAAAAGCUCCAUAUUUUACCGCUUCCAUCAAAAAUCAAUGAGCACAACAAAAGAUGUAAUUUCUCUCAAGUUUAAGUCAAUGCAAAGUGAUGGCAUGUUACUUCAUGGGGAAGGACGGAAUGGAGAUCGUAUUGCAUUGGAACUUACAAAAGGAAGACUUUGGUUAAUUAUUAACCUCGGAAAUGUACAGUUGCAUACCUCUAAUCCUCAUGUCAAUGUCUCCUUGGGAAGCCUGUUGGAUGACCAGCAAUGGCAUUCAACUGUCAUAGAGCGUUUUGGACGACAAGUCAAUUUCACUGUUGACAAACAUGUGCAUCAUUUCUUCAUGAAGGGAGACAUCUCCUACUUGGACAUUGAUUAUGAGCUUAGCUUUGGAGGUAUCGCUUCACAAGGAAAAUCAGCAUCACUGCAACAGAAGAAUUUUCAUGGAUGCUUUGAAAACCUUUAUUAUAAUGGUAUGAAUAUUAUUGACUUGACCAAGAGGUAUAAACCUCCGAUCUACAUUGAGGGAAAUAUUUCAUUUUCUUGCCAAGAGCCUACAGUUGUCCCAGUUACAUUUCUUAAUUCAAACAGCUAUUUGAUCCUGCCUGGAUUAUCAAUGCAAGAAGAAUUUAUCAUCUCUUUUAAUUUCCGUACUUGGAACAAGGAAGGCACACUUUUUGCCACUAAGCUUAGCUCUGCUCCAUUUAUUUUUGUAUUAUAUCUUGCUGAAGGAAAGCUUAAAAUGAGCCUUUUUAAAUAUGACCGAUUGUACUUAGACACGGCAACAGCUUUUGAGUUAAAUAAUGGACAGUGGCAUGUUGUUUACCUCGUAAUAAAAAAAAGUCGAGCAAGUUUAACAAUAGACAAAGAUGCAUCUGCAAUCUUAUAUAUGCUCCUACCUUUUCAAGUGUCAUCUGGAGGAAAUUAUUACUUUGGAGGAUGUCCCAAUAACAAUACUGAUUAUGACUGCAAAAAACCUGUUGGCACCUUUUUGGGUUGCAUGAAAUUAAUUUCCAUUGGUUCCAGGAUGGUGGAUCUUAUUUCAAUCCAGCAAAGUUUGCUUGGAAAUUUCAGUGAUCUACAGAUUGAUUUAUGUGGAAUCACUGACAGAUGUUUUCCCAACUACUGCGAGCAUGGAGGAAAAUGUUCACAAACAUGGAGUGAUUUUUACUGCAACUGCUCUGACACUGGAUACAUGGGAGGGACUUGUCAUUAUCCUAUGUAUGAGCAAUCUUGUGAAGCAUAUAAGCACAAAGGUGACUCCUCUGGAUUCUUUUUUGUUGAUUCUGAUGGAAGCGGCCCUCUGGAACCAUUUGUGGUUUACUGCAACAUGACAGAUACAGCAAUAAGUAUUUUGCAUCAUAACAAUACAGAGCUGAACAAGGUAAAGAAUUCAAAUCGAGAGUUUCCCCAUACCAUGAAUUUCAAAUAUUCUGCUGACAUGCAGCAGCUCCAGGCUACAAUUAACAAUUCUGAACAUUGCAUACAGGAAAUUAUCUACCACUGUAAAAAGUCCCGAAUCCAACAAAAUCAAGACAAUGUCCCAUUCACUUGGUGGGUUGGACGAACUAACCAAACACACACCUAUUGGAGUGGUUCAUCAGUAGAUGCUACAAAAUGUACAUGUGGACUUGAAGGAAACUGUAUUGAUUCUCGACAUAACUGCAACUGUGAUGCUGAUAGGAAUGAAUGGUCAAAUGACACUGGAUCACUUUCUAAUAAAGAUCACUUACCAGUUACACAGAUUGUUAUAACUGACACAAACAGACCGCAUUCAGAAGCUUCUUACAAACUUGGUCCUUUGCUUUGUUGGGGAGAUAGAAGUUUUUGGAAUGCAGCUUCUUUUAAUACAGUAUCAUCCUACCUACAUUUCCCUACCUUUGAUGGAGAACUUAGUGCAGAUGUAUCUUUCUUCUUCAAGACUGCAUCACCAUCUGGACUGUUCUUAGAAAACCUGGGAAUCAAAGAUUUUAUUCGAAUUGAAUUGGAAUCUCCCACAGAUGUGGUUUUUUCAUUUGAUGUUGGGAAUGGGCCCCUAGAGGUUAGAAUACACUCGCCAACUCCUCUGAAUGACAGCCAGUGGCAUUUUGUAAAGGCAGAGAGAAACAUUAUAGAAGCUUCUCUACAAGUAGACUACUUACCACAAAAAACGUAUGCUACUUCUCCUGAUGGUCACAUACGACUACAACUCUACAGUCAGCUUUUUAUAGGCGGAACUCCCUCAAGGCAAAAAGGAUUUUUAGGAUGUAUUCGUUCUUUAAAAUUGAACGGCAUUGCCAUUGAUUUGGAAGAAAGGGCUAAAGUGACGCCAGGAAUUAAGCCAGGCUGUCCAGGACAUUGUAGCAGCUAUGGAAACUUAUGCCACAAUGGAGGGCAGUGUUUUGAAAAACUGGCUGGAUUUUCAUGUGACUGUAGCUUAUCUGCAUAUACUGGAGCAUUUUGUAAAAAAGAAAUUUCAGCAUAUUUUCAAGCAGAAUCAUCAAUAACUUACAAUUUCCAAGAAAAUCACACGGCUGCUAAAAAUUCAAGCUUGCAUCCUUUUUCUACUAAUGCAGGCAUAUCUGCUAAAGAAAGUAUUGCAUUUAAUUUUAGAACAACACAAGCACCAAGCUUAUUAUUUUUUGUGAGUACUAAUACUAAGGAGUAUUUUUCAGUCAUCAUUUCAAGAAAUGGAAGUUUACAGAUUAGAUACAAAUUGGAUCACCGGCAAGACCCUGAAGUCUUUAGUUUACAUUUAAAGAAUGUAGCUGAUGGCCAUCUCCAGAAAGUAAAGAUUUUAAGAAAGCAAGACAUUCUCUAUGUGGAGGUUAACCAAUAUACAAGUGAGAAAUUUAUUUUGACUUCUGGUACAGACUUCAGUUCAAUCCAUUCUCUUGGGCUUGGAAAAAUAUUAGCUGAAGACAUCGAUAUUGACCUAGAAACCAUGAAAGCCAAUGCAAAUGGAUUCACCGGAUGUCUCUCUGCUGUGCAAUUUAAUAAUAUUUUCCCACUGAAGAUUGCAUUCCAAAAAAAUCAUAGCUCUCAGAUUAUUAUAAAAGGUCAAGUGUCCGAAUCUGGCUGUGGAUCCCUAAAUAGUGAAGAUGCAACAUCAGGAGAGGCAACCCAUUCAUUUGCAGAUCACUCAGGACCAAAGGAUAAUGGAGAACCACUCACUAAUGUGUUGAAAAGUAGUUUUGCUGUUGUUGGAGGUAUCAUAACUGUUGCUGUGUUCAUUCUGCUAUGCAUUGCUGGCAUAGCAAUAAGAAUAUAUCUCCAGAAGAAUACAUAUAGAAAGAAUGAAGCCAAAGAAUCAGAAAAUGAGGACAAUGUAGAGGCAGCGGCAGCAUUGAAAGCUGAAAUCAGUAUGCAAAAUGCAAUCAAUGAAAGUCAAAAAGAAUACUUUUUCUAAUUCGCUCUUAUUGUGUGGCCAAACAAUGGGACGGACAGACUUUCUUGCUAAGCAAGGGGCACUAGAUGAACAACAAUAUCAAACAAUUGUACAUGCACUGCAAGCAAAUGAUGGACUGGAUCUGUUUUAAAAUGUAUAUGAUCAGCCACGGUGAUGUUUCAAGAGCCCUCUAAAUCCACUUCCUUUUGGUGGCAUUGAAAGCAUUCACAGUGAUGGCAAUCACUGUAUUGUGCACUCUUUAGUUGUCGAUAGUUCCAGUAUGUUCUGAUGUGACUUUUCAAAUCUGCAGAUUUCCAUACUGAGUUAUGAAUUUCAGACUAUCCUGAUGAUGAAACUCUUAUAAUGUCUGUGUGGUUGAAACCUUUUGUUUAUGGUACAAUCUGAACUGUAAUAUUUGCUUCAAAAGGGAGAAGUAAUUUAGUGUUUUAUAUUGUGAUCUUGUUUUCUGGUUCAUCACCAGAAAUGCCUCUAAAUUAUUUAUUCCACAUUAAAGUUUCUUCAAAUCAAAUAGAACAUUUGUGUAAAAAUUAACCACAAUAGUGUGCAAAGUGGAAUUGCUAUACCUCAACGAUAAACUACAAAUCCUUAGGUUGGCUGUCCAACUUUAUUUAAUUCUGAAGAAAUCAAGAUAGCAUAUUAAAAAUAGAAUGAUUUAUAGAGGUAGCUAGAGGGGAAAAAAAACCAUAAAAUUCAUGUCUUCAGUAAAAAAGAGGUACAUUUUAUUUGUAAUGCAUAAACUAAUUUAGCACACAUUUUCAUUAUGUUUAAUCAUUUCCAAAAAAAAAAAAAAAAGAACUCAAGCCACAGUUAAAAUUAAAGUAGCUUACUUGCCAAUUGAUGGGUAAUUCUGUUCAUCUGGCUUUGUGAAUCACAUACCUUAUUCACACCCAGACAAAGCAUUUUUUGCUUUGCUGCAUCCUGUGCAUGAAAAUUCUUUGUCUGGUGAGAAGGCAGGGGAUGCAGAAAGCUGCAAAGCUGAAACAGGAAGUAGAUGUGCCACCUCUCUGGUUACACAGUAAGGUAGAAUUUAAGGAAUCACAAAAGCUGCUGAACCGAUUUUCAAAUAUUUUGGUAGGUAGAACAGUUUAUUUUCUAUUUAGCUGUCUGACUGAAGUUCAACUUCAACUAUUUUUUCUGUUUAGCUAUCUGACUGAAGCAGGGGCGGAACCAGAGUCUAGUCUCAGGAGGGGCACUGCCAGAAAAUUUUGCGAGCAAUUUGUCAGGGCAAUGGCUGGUGUUGG